AUGAUUACAUUUGCGUAUGAUAUCUUGGUUCAAACCAUUGGAGACCAUCCCGUCCUCUCCAUUGUCUCAGCACUUCUUCUCAUCCCUUCAACCUACCUGAUAUUUGCUGAACUAGUACGGCAGAGGAGACGAAUAACCGCAUUCUCGGGGCCGAGAGGAUGGCCCAUCGUUGGGAAUUUGCCACAUAUCCGAUACAACGCAGCGGAGCAGUAUCGGAUCUGGUCGAAAAAGCAUGGAGAUGUUUACCAGAUCAUGCUGGGCGACGUCCCAGUCCUUGUGGUGAACAGUGCGAAGGCGGCCAAGACGAUCUUUGGGCAUAACUCCCAAGCCUUGAGUUCGAGGCCAGUCUUCUAUACCUUCCACAAAGUCCUGUCAAAUACCGCCGGAACCACGAUCGGGACUUCGCCCUACUCAGAUUCCCUCAAACGGCGCCGCAAAGGAGCCGCAUCAGCACUAAAUAAGCCAGCCAUCGCAACCUACAUCCCUCAUCUAGACAUUGAGACUCGCGCCUUCAUAUCGGAAGGAUUGGAGUACGGCGAAUAUGGAGCCAAGGCCAUCGACCCCAUGCCGAUGAUCCAACGCCUCAGCUUGUCGCUGGCCCUGACUCUGAAUUGGGGCAUCCGCAUGGGAAGCCGAGAUGACCCGCUCUUCCAUGAGAUCACCGAGGUGGAGGAAGCCAUUAGCAAGUUCCGCAGCACGACCGGUAAUCUGCAGGAUUACGUCCCACUGCUUCGACUGAACCCGUUCAACGGGAGUUCGGCAACGGCCCGAGAAGUGCGAGACAGAAGAGAUGUGUAUUUGAAGAAGUUAAACAAUGACUUGGACGAAAGGAUGGAGGCAGGGACACAAACGCCGUGCAUUCAAGCCAAUGUCAUCAUGGAUAAGGAAGCUCAACUGAACAAGGAAGAGCUAACAUCGAUAUCGUUGACGAUGCUAUCUGGCGGACUUGACACGAUCACGACGCUGGUACAGUGGAGCAUCGCAUUGCUUGCCCAGCGCCCGGAAGUUCAAGACAAAGCACACGAGGCCAUUCGUCAGAUGUUUCCGGGCGAUGAGAUUGGAAUCAUGUGUGAUGUUGAGGACGACCAAAAAUGCGAGUACGUGGCGGCGCUGGUAAAGGAGUGCCUCCGAUACUACACCGUCCUUCGUCUAGUUCUACCUCGAGCCAGCAUAAGGGAUAUAUCCUAUGAAGGGAAAUUGAUCCCAGCCGGCACUACAAUCUUCCUGAACGCUUGGGCGUGUAACAUGGAUCCAGAAAUAUGGCAAGAUCCAGAGGUAUUCAGACCGGAGAGAUGGCUUGAACAUCCAGAGGCUUCGCUGUUCACGUACGGGAUAGGGUACCGGAUGUGUGCUGGCAGUCUCCUCGCUAAUCGGGAGCUUUACCUCACAUUCAUGAGGAUGUUGAGCUGCUUCAAACUGUUGCCAGGAUGGAAAGAAGGCGAGAAAGCGGUGGAUGUCCACCCGGUUCGGGGAAGCAUCGAUCCCACGUGUCUGGUGACGAUGUGCAGACCGUAUAAGGUCGUAUUUCAACCCAGGAACACGGAAGCGCUCAGGGUGAUGAUGAAGGAGAAACUAUGAAAGUUCAUUGUGUACGGUAUAGAAAUUGUAAACAAGAAUAAUACCUUCACCCAAGGAUGUGACGUUGUUGUGGUCAUCAGCAGUGAGAUCAGAGAUGAGAUUAGAGAAUAGGGAAUUAGAGUAGAGCUGAGAUAUUGAGAGAGCUG